AUGUCCUCGUCCCCCCAUGAUCCAGCAGACGACCCCGCAGAAAAUAAGGAUGAGCUCGAUCCCCAGACAGGCGACGACGCCGAACCAGGUGCUCCCGCUGAUGCAGUAACCCCCGUAAAGCGAGGGCGAGGACGGCCUAAGGGUAGCAAGAACAAGAAGACCCUAGCUGCCGCUACUGAGGCCGAUGCGUCUACAUCGACGCAGCCGCCGAGGAGGAAACGUGGUAGACCACGCAAGGAGAAGCCGGAGGACAGUGGGGAUGCACCGCCGCCCGCGAAACGUAAGCGGGGUCGACCACCCAAGCCUAAGCCUGAAGCACCGACUAGCGGCGAGGCUUCGAACGGGGAUGGGUCUGAACCUGCGAAGAGGAAGCGCGGCAGGCCUCCAACAAAGAAAACGUAA